UUUUUUCCAACCUCAUUGUUUUGAGCAUCGACAUUAAUUACCACCGUACGGCCGUACGUGAGGGUUGGACAUUCUUAAUUAUCUGGAUUAUUGGGCGCAUUGGCUCGUUUAUCCGAGCUCAUUGUUUGUUCCGUAUUGCUAUCGCUGGUGCUUACGGCCACACCAGCGCCCUGACCCAACUUGGCCUUAACCCGUCGCGCGCGUCGAUAGCUUAACAAGCCAUGGCUACCAUAACCGCUACAGUGGCGACGACAUUGUUGUCAACCGUCACUACUUCUAGCGCUCCGGCCGCUACCACAACCGUCGCUCCUCAGGGAGGUAUUUUAGAUGGCGUUUUGCCAAAUACUUUCAGUACCUCCAAUCCUAUACAACUUUUCAUCAUUCAGGCCGGUAUUAUUAUCAUUCUAUGUCGUCUUCUUCACUAUCCUCUAUCGCUUCUUGGUCAACCCCGCGUCAUCGCCGAGGUCAUCGGCGGUAUCCUUCUGGGACCCUCUGUCUUGGCGCGCGUUCCACAUUUUACCGAUAACAUCUUUCCGACGGCGUCUAUGCCCGUCUUGAAUAAUGUCGCUAAUCUCGGUCUAAUCUUGUUCCUCUUCCUGAUCGGUCUCGAAGUCGAUAUACGACUUUUCACCUCCAAUUGGCGCGUUGCGUUGACUGUUGGCUUGGCUGGUAUGAUUCUUCCCUUCGGUCUCGGUUGUGCUAUCGCUUGGGGCUUGUAUCACCAGUUCCAUAACGAUCCCAACACUGUCGAGAUUAGUUUUGGUAUCUAUGCCCUCUUCAUCGGUACCGCCAUCGCCAUCACUGCCUUUCCUGUUCUCUGCCGAAUCUUGUCCGAGCUUAAUUUGUUGGGAACUCCCGUCGGUGUUACCGUGCUCGCUGCUGGCGUUGGAAAUGAUGUUAUAGGUUGGAUCCUUCUGGCGCUCUGUGUCGCGUUGGUCAAUAAUGGAUCUGGUAUAACUGCGCUUUGGGUUCUCCUCGUCGCUAUUGGCUGGGUUCUGUUCUUAGUCUUCGGAAUUAAACCCGUGUUUCACUGGGCCUUGAGGCGGACCGGCAGCAUUCAAAAUGGUCCAACUCAGGGCAUGAUUGCUGUCACAAUUUUGCUAGUUCUUACUUCCUCUUGGUUUACAAGUAUUAUUGGCGUUCACGCCAUUUUCGGCGCCUUUCUAGUUGGUCUGAUCUGCCCGCACGACGGUGGGUUUGCUAUCCAUGUAACCGAGAAAAUUGAAGAUCUCGUAACAGUCCUCUUCUUACCCCUUUACUUCGCCCUUUCUGGUUUAAGCACGAAUCUCGGUCUCUUAAACGAUGGAAUCACCUGGGGUUACGUCAUUGGAGUCAUUGCCGUGGCGUUCUCGGGUAAGAUUAUCGGUGGUACACUGGCAGCAAGGGCAACGAAACUUGUGUGGAGAGAAAGUCUUACCAUAGGAGUACUGAUGAGCUGCAAAGGUUUGGUGGAAUUGAUUGUGCUAAACAUUGGCCUCCAGGCAAGGAUUCUAUCACAGAGAACCUUCACUAUAUUUGUUGUCAUGGCUCUUGUUACUACUGUUGCUACGACACCCUUGACAAAAUGGCUUUACCCUCCGUGGUACCAAAAGAAGCUCGACCAAUGGAAACGUGGCGAAAUUGAUUGGGAUGGAAAGCCAUUGGAAAGCUCCAAUCAGUCCGAUACUCUCUCCCAGAUACAAGACACUGGCAUACGCCGUCUUCUGGUUUAUCUCCGCUUGGAUAGUCUACCAAGUCUUUUUACAUUCAUUUCCCUUCUAGGUGAUGAAAACGUCACACCAAAGGCCAGAUCCGGAGAAGCCCUGGACUCCAAUGCUAAUGAUGCUAGGAAGGUCUCAAUUUCGCCUUCACGACCCCUCGAGGUCCACGGACUACGUCUCGUUGAGCUUACAGAGCGUACAUCAUCCGUGAUGAAGGUUACCGAAGGCGAUGACUAUGCUAGCCGCGACCCUGUGGUCAACGCGUUUCAAACAUUCUCUCGGCUUCAUGAUGUGGCAGCAUCGGGCAAUGUUAUAAUUGCCCCUGAGGACUCUUAUGCGCGGACGGUUGUUGAACAAGCUUCAGUCCAGGAGUCCGACUUUGUACUAAUCCCAUGGAGUGAUGUUGGAAGCAACAAAGACGAUUCAACUACUCCGUUUAAAGCCCCGGUAGAAAAUCGCUUUUCCGGAAAAGCUCAUCUAGAUUUCAUCCAAACGGCACUAUCCAAAGCUGUUUGCAAUACAGGUAUCUUCAUCGACAAUAAAUUCAGCACAUCGAGCAAAGUCCGCCCGACUCUACCCCGAACCAUAAGCCACGUCUCGAUGCGCAGCCUUAAAGGAGCUGCCAUUCCUCCUAUUACCGACAAGUCUCACACCAUUUUCUUCCCUUAUCUAGGUGGCGUAGAUGACCGGGUUGCGUUACGCUUCGUUCUCCAGCUUGCCAAAAACCCGCUCGUCACGGUCACAAUCGCCCAUCUAAGCUACAUUGAAGGUGAUGACGAAAUUGUGGGUGUUUCUGAGGGUAAUUUGGACUCUGUCUCCCCAGAAUCCAUUUCUAAGGAUAUUAUCAACACAGAGAUAACCGCACAAGACUCGUCCUUAAUAUCUACCUUACAAUCUAGCCUUUCUCCCGAGCUAGUAAGCCGCGUCACAUUCACUAAGGUAUCAGUCACCGCCAGUUCAGCAGCAAAACAAGCCACGGACCUGGCGAAGGAAAGUGUCGGGAAAAACCCGCGUAACGCAGGAGACAUUGUCAUUGUUGGGCGUAGGCACCCCAAGCUUCCUGCUAGUCUGAGAGCAGCAGAUCAGAACAACACGGAAUAUGACAUGCAGAAGACGAUAGGUGUCUUCGGCCAGUCUAUGGCUAUGAGUGAGCUCAAGGCUAGCGUGCUAGUCAUCCAAGCCGGAGGGUCAGGUCACGCGCAUUGAUUUGUAUCAUUAUAAGCAUCGAAGAGUCAUUCCGGAACAGGAAUUUUGAUCUGUUUCUGUUGGUUUGCUUGUGAUGAGUUGGAUUUGGGUUUCAGGGUUCAAACACUUAGGUAACUUGGAUAGGUGCUUUGGGAAUGUACCUCAUCAUAAAGACGAGAUGAAGGAUUUGAUGUACUGUUUGAUUUAUCUCGCUAGAUACCUACCUACUACUUAGGCAUGAUGUACGUUGAUUGCAUUUAAUGAAAUUUUAUAUUACUAUAGCCUGAUCGAAA